AUGGGAGUUUUGGGUUCUUCGUUAUUGGGAGUGGGAGUAGGAGUUGAGAGGGGGAUUGGGACUGAAGGGGUAUUUUGUUGGGUCGUGGGGGGUGAAGGUGGAGAGGAUGAGGAUGUGGAUGUAGAUGUGGAUGAAGACUGA